AUGAAUUUUUGGAUAAUAUAUAUGUAAAGUUUCUUUAUGAAUAAGGUUAAGAUUAAGGGAUUUUGUUAAAUAAACAGAGAAUCCGAUUUAGAUCCUGGUCAUCUUAAAAAAUUUGAAUUCGUAGGACAGAUUUUUCCUACUGCCAUACAUAACAAACUAAAAGUAUUCGUUUAAAUAAAAUGUAGUGUAAAAAUUCCUUUAUUUUUCCAUUUAAUAUCAUGAUGAAGCUAUUUAUACAACAGUCGAUUACAUCGAUCGUGAUAAUUUGAGUUAAAAUUGGGGUUUUUAUUACGCAUACACAAUUUCAAAUUAAGGGGUACUUAAAAAUAUAGAUCUUAUACCAGAGGAAUAGGAAUAAAAGUUAGUCAAAACAAUAAAAAUGAUUCCUUAAAAAAGUAUUGUCGUGAGAUAAUAGCAAAAAAUAUUGAAAAUUAAAUGA